CGGAACUUCAGAAGAAUACAGCUCUGACAGUGGAAUAUGAUAAGGACGAUGAGGAAUCGGGUUCAAGGUCGUAAUAUCUGGCGGGUAAAUAACAUUUCCCGUUUUGGCGAGUUGUUUAAUCGAGAAAAGGAUCCGAAACAUGGAAGAUCUGCAGCGCACUUUGUUAAUCCACAAGGCUCUACAACAGUACCACCUUCCGUGUUAAAUUUCAAUCGCUUUUACUCUACUGAGUUGCGGCCGCAGUUAUCACUUGACCUAAUCAAAAUUAUGGAGCAGCGGCUUUCUUCCAUUGAAAACAGGACGUCUUAUCUUCAGCGAGUCCUAGACCAGCCGGAAUUGUCUCCUCCUGAAUAUUCGACAGCCAAUAAAGAGCUUAGGAAACUCAGGGAUGUAAUGCAGCUUAUAACUGAACUCAGGGCUGUACAGAAGGAAAAACGGGAACUGGAACUAGUAAUUUCUGAAUGUUGCGAUGACAAAGAGAUGCAGAAAAUGGCUUCUGAAGAAUUGAGUCAGGCCACUGAAGGUGAGAAAAGGCUACAACAUCUUCUACUGAAAUCACUACUACCAAAAGAUGAUGCUGAUGAAAGAAACUGCAUUCUAGAAGUGAGAGCAGGAACUGGAGGCGAGGAGGCUUCUUUGUUUGCGAUGGACGUAUUCAAAAUGUAUGAAAGGUACUCAAUGGUGAAAGGUUGGAAGUUUGAGAUUCUAGGUGUGGCUGAAUCUGAUCUCAAAGGAUACAAGGAAGCCAGUGCAGCUGUAUCUGGACCCAGUGUGUAUGGAAAACUAAAAUUUGAGAGUGGUGUUCACAGAGUUCAGAGAGUUCCUACUACAGAGAAAUCUGGCCGUGUCCACACUAGUGCUGUGUCUGUUGCAAUACUCCCUCAGGCGGAUCAGGUUGAUGUUCAGUUGAGAAAUGAAGAUCUGAAGAUCGACACAUACAGAGCUGGUGGUGCAGGAGGUCAGCAUGUAAACACCACUAACAGUGCUGUUAGGGUGACUCACAUUCCUUCGGGGUUAACUGUUGCCAUACAGGAUGAGCGCUCCCAACAUAUGAAUAAAACCAAAGCUCUUAAAGUGUUAUGUGCAAAGCUCUUUGAAUUGGAAAGAUGUAGACUUCAGUCGACAAGAUCAAAACUCCGCUCAGAGCAGAUUGGCAGUGGGGACAGAUCAGAGCGCAUCCGAACGUAUAACUUUCCCCAAGGAAGGGUUACUGAUCACAGAGUUGGGAUUACCAGUCAUUCGAUAGAUGAUGUGAUGCAAGGAGAGGGUUUGGACUGUUUUAUUGAUGCUCUUCUUUUGCAGCAGGAAAUUGAUGCUGUUGCAUCAUUCAGUUCCUCCCUCACAUAAUACAUGUUGUAGCUAAGUACCUUUGCCCACAAGCACCCCCUCCCCCAAGUUAUUGCAUUUGGUGAUGUGCGGGAAAACUACAUUUAAAUUUUAUUCUUUAUUAAAUUAAGUUAUUCUUUUCUUUUAUUAAAUUAAAGAACAUAAAAGGCAUACCCUUUUCACUAUAUUUCUUGUUUGAUGGAUGAUGACAAGCAAAAUAUCUUCAUUAUUCAAGAAACUAGUACGAUUAAGAUUAUAAAUGAAAAUCAUACAUUACGCUUAAUAGGUUAUGUGCAAUUCGAGUUUUGCUACACUCAAGUGUUCCUUGAUUCAGCAUUUCAGCUUGGCUACCAUAAUAUUUGAAUAUUUUUUCAAUUUGGGUAUCACAUCUUUAUCAAGUUAUUUGCUAACUCUUUAAAUGUGUAUGGUUUUAAUAAUCGUACUUGAUGAGGAAGCGGUCCAGUUCAGAUGGUCGCCGACUCACUCUCCCAUACAGGAGGUUUUGGGUUCAAAACUCCAUGGAGGGAGUUUCAACCAUGUUUAUCUCAGGCUCCCCCUAGCCCCCCUCCCCCUGACCCCCCGGGGUAAAAAAAAUAUCUUACUUGAUAUCUUUCAGACUUGUUUAGAAUUAUUAAGGAUUGUUUAAAAAUUGGCUUUUAGUUUUACAAUGAUGAAAAAUUAAACAGUUGUUCAAUGUUAUUUAUUUUUCUUAACUAAAAUUCCCCUCGCACUAAAUUUUGACAACCUUUUAUUUGAUCGUAUCAUUUUUUUACUAUUUCCCCCUUUAAAGUAAUAUAAUUGUGGUUCAUAUUAUUUUUCUUUCUUCAAUCCACACUUCAAUCACACAAUUUUCAUUUUUUGUUUCCACCGCCUAUCAAAUUUCAGAGUUUAUUCGAUUUUUAUGAAGAUAUGAAAUGCUAAAUUAUGGUCUACUCUAGUGAGUAUCCAAAAAUAAUGGUGAAACUUUUACAGUGUUAGGUUGCGCAUCAUCUUUGUGAAAAUGUUAAAGAGUUGGAUAAUUGCUCUGAGCAUCUUUUGUGGGAAUCAAUGUUUCAUAAAUAUGAACACACGUUUGGAUUAUUUUAUUUUAAAAGUAUAGAUUUUAUGUAAUAGCCAUAUUGUGUACCUUUAUAACAAUCUCAAUAACUUUCUACUCCUUUUUUAGCUUUCUUUAGUUCGGGUCUAUGAUCAGCGCGAAGUAAUUGUACACUCAUCAGGUGUAGUUUGAGUAACUGUAUUUUUAACUAGGUAUCGCUGAACUGUACCCUAAUCAUAAGCUGCUUUAUGGUUAAAGCUUCUCAGGGGGGGUGUACUCCUAGAAAUGGAAUAAUGUAAAGGUACUCCUAAAGUCCUUAUUAAAGAAAUCAACAAUGCCUUACUCAUAUUUAGAACAAUUUUCUUUGUUUAAAAUGCGUAAAAAUCUGUAUUAUUGGUGUCAUCGAUUUCACCAUUCAAAACAAUUUUGCUGCAAAGUUAUCCUUCGGAUACUUGUUGGUUGUCUGGAUUUUAUUAUAAUGGUAACUAAAAUAAAUCAAAAAAAUUUCUUUAAUCAGUAAGCAAUUAAUAUUUUUACGUGCACCAAUUAAUACAUACAUGAAUACAUGAUGAGUUACUUUACUCGUUUUUUUCUUUUAAUUAUGAAUCAAUUCAUUACUUUUCAUUUCCCUAAUUCCCAAUGGUCAUUGAUCAUCUAGUGAAACUGAGGGCAAAAGGCACGCCGGUGGUGUGCAACCAGGUGUGUCCAUCGAGCCAUGGUCCAGCAGUGAAUUGGCCGGCAGUCUUGCGAUCAAUCACCUGCCACUUCUUGAAGGCUCUGUUCCUCCUCCUGGUGUCUGCCCCUGGUCCGAAGUUACCAUGCUCCUUGUAGAUGCAUGUGUUCUCAAACUUCUCCCCGUCCCAAAGCUUCCAUCCGUCUGGGCUCACGACAUCGCCCACUUCACUCUCCAUGACCACUGUUGUUGAGUAUGCCUUCCAUGGCCUUCCGAGAUAGGUCUUCAAUUGGAAUCGAGCCGGGAAGAGUGCAGCCUCCGCAACGAUCCUGCAGUUCUGGAGCACCAAUCCUCCCUUGGCCUUUGCCAGCUCUUUCCCAUCUGCGGUGAUGGUGUUGAACUGGUUUGCCAGUGGCUUCCUUGCGAUGAUGACGCUGUUCUGAAUGAGGGCAGUGCCCUUACCAAAGAUGAAGUCGAUGGUGCCUGAGAUGACGCAGUUACGGUAAAACUGGCGGUAAGUGUGGUAGUACAGCGUGUCUUGGUAACCUUCGAUGGAGCAGUCGAAGAGGGCAGACAUAUCAGACUGGCUCCUGUAAGCGACUGCCUGAUGUCCUUCUGCGCCUGCAGUGUUGCGGAUGGUGAUCCCACGCGCGACGAACCCGCUCCCGAGGGCAGUAAAAGUAGCAGUCUUGGAGGUGGUGAUCUUGUCGAAGGCGAAGUUCUUCUUCCCGGUGAUGAUGGUCUUUCCAGCACCAUCUCCGUACAUGAAGACAUUGUUCAUCUUCUUGUCGACCAACACUGUUUCAUCGUACACUCCAGCUUUGACAUAUAUGAUGUAUUUGCCUUGAUGUUUUGGUGGGUAUGCGCUUAAAGCGGCCGAAACAGUCUUAUACUUGCCGCUUCCGUCCUUGGCCACCACAGCGUGAGGUGUCACCUGUCCUGCUUUUUGUGCCGCCAAAAGCUUCCUGUAUGCUGAAGGGAACCAUGCAGGAUAAUCACCAUGUUCCUCACCUUCCAGAAGGCGGCGGGAGGCAGCGGAGGUGGUGAGUAAGUCGGUCGCGGCACCUGUGAUGUUGAACGCCUCCAUCACCUUAGACAUCUCAGCAAUGAUGUUGAUAGCGUUAUUAGUGAGUUGGGUGGCGUUCACCAUCCCUUCCUCGAUGGCCGAUUUGUACUCGGGCUUCUCCAGCUGCUCCAUGCAGGUUGUCUGGUAGGCGUAAACCGCAGACAACCAGUUGAGCAGCUCAUCAACACGGUCAUUGAGGGUGUGGAGCUCGCUAUCACCGACUGCUGAGAAAGAUGCCUGGAGAUCUGCAAUGGCAUCCUCGAGCAUGUCUUUGCAGUCCUCCACGGCCACGUGGUCGUAAGGGUCCGCAGCCUGGUCGACCUUCGUGUUGAGUGCGACCUGGUGGGACUUGGAGGCCUCAUCGAUGGUGGCUUUAAGGAUUGCGAGGAUGAAGUCCUUCGUGGUGGCCGAUUGGUUGUUGGCAACAGGGGAGAGGCUCUUGGCGCAUGCGUCUUUGAAUUCGGCGUACUGGCAGAAGGUGGUGACAGACUUCAUAGAGCCUGUGGAAAUGCCGCCAUGGUCUUCCUGGGAUGAUCCGUCACCGCUCUUGCGGAACACGAACACUGCCCCGCACACAAUGCCCACCACUAAGACGAGGGACACUAAGGGAAGCACUAUUUUAUUCGCAGCUGCCAUCUUUCUCCUUAAGCUACGUUAUUUUCUUCUUUUAUUGUUACAGUACAGCAUCGAAGAAGGGAGAAGAAAGAUGGC